AUGAAAGAGUCAGCAGCUAAGGAUCUUCUGAAUGUGAGUGGUGACGAUUAUAAGUACAAGAAGCUUCUGCAGGAUCUCAUAGUUCAGAGCUUGCUUAGACUGAAGGAACCUGCUGUCUUGCUGCGAUGCCGUGAGGCCGACGUCAAUCUGGUAGAAUCUGUCUUGGAAUCCGCCAAAGAGGAAUAUGCUGAAAAGGCACAGGUUCAUGCACCAGAAAUUCUGUUGGACCAUCAAAUCUAUCUGCCACCUGCUCCUAGCCACCACAAUGUUCAUGCUCUUUCUUGCUCUGGAGGUGUGGUCCUGGCGUCCCGAGAUGGAAAGAUCGUGUUUGAGAAUACCCUCGAUGCACGUCUGGAUGUUGUGUUCCGUCAGAAGCUCCCCGUGAUCCGCAAGUUACUCUUCAGCCAGGUUGCUGCUUGA